UCUCACGACCGCGCGUUGCUCAAAACGCAGAGCGAGAGCGGGGGCGGGGUCUCCUCAUCCCCACGCUGGAGCCUCUUUGACUCUUGACUCUUGACUCUUGACACUUGCUUGACACUGGAGAAGACAUUCGCUACUCGCAAACAAACUCUCGAUCAUCUCACCUCAUCACCACCCAAUUCCUCCGCCCCUCCGCAGCCCCACCCACCCAUGUCGGCCCCACACCCUUCGGCCGCAGAGCACGGCCAGAACGGCGGCCAGACGUUGGAGAAGCACGACGAGAAGGCUAGCCAUGUGCACGAGGAAGACGUCGUCGACGCCGCCGCGCGAGGACAUGCCGCGACCGACGCCCACGGCCACUCGCUCGUCCACUUCGACCCCGAAGCCGAGAGGCGGCUCGUCCGCAAGAUCGACUUCUACGUCGUCCCCACCGUCGCAAUGCUCUACCUCUGGUGCUUCAUCGACCGCGCCAACAUCGGCAACGCCCGUCUCGCCGGCCUCGAAAAAGACCUCGGCCUCAAGGGAUACCAGUACAACAUCCUCCUGACGUCGUUCUACAUCUCUUACAUUGUCUUCGAGAUCCCGUGCAAUCUGCUAUGCAAGGUCGUCGGGCCCGGCAAGUGGCUCCCGUUCCUCACCUUCGGCUUUGGUCUCUUCUCGAUGCUCACAGGUUUCGCGACGAACUUCAGCAACGCCGCCGCCAUCCGCUUCCUUCUCGGCAUCUUCGAGAGCGGCAUGCUCCCCGGCAUCGCUUACUACCUGUCCCGAUGGUAUCGCAAGGCCGAGCUCGGCUUCCGUCUCGCUCUGUACAUCGUCAUGGCGCCGCUUGCGGGCGCCUUCGGAGGUCUCCUCGCCUCGGGCAUCCUCAAGCUCAACGGCAUGGGCAAGGUCCACACGUGGCAGCAACUCUUUGUCGUCGAGGGCAUUAUCACGAUGGGCCUCGCAAUCAUCUCCUACUUCACUCUGACUGACCGGCCAAGCACGGCGCGCUGGCUGAGCGACGAGGAGAAGGCUCUCGCUAUUGCCCGCGUCAAGUCCGAGAACGUCGGCACGACCGAAGUCCUCGACAAGAUCGACACGAAGAAGGUCAUGCGCGGUAUCUUCAACCCAAACACCAUCCUCACGUCCGUCAUUUUCCUCUUCGACAACAUCACCGUACAGGGCCUCGCUUUCUUCCUCCCCACCAUCGUCGCGACCAUCUACCCCAACGCCACCGUCAUCAAAAAGCAGCUGCACACCGUGCCGCCGUACAUUGUGGGCGCGUUCUUCGUCGUCGCCAUCCCUUUCAUGACAUGGAAGACAGGGCGCUCGCUCCCCUUCUUCGUCUUCUCCGCGCCUCUCAUGAUGAUCGGCUACAUCAUGUUCCUCGCCUCCAAGAACCCGCAGGUGCGCUACGGCGCGACAUUCCUCAUCACCUCGGGCGCGUUCGUCUUCGGGCCCCUCUGCAACGCCCAGGUCGCGACCAACGCGCUCACGGACACGGCGCGCUCAUCUGCCAUCGGCAUGAACGUCAUGCUCGGCAACAUCGGCGGACUGAUUAGUACAUGGGCGUUCCUGCCGUUUGACGGGCCGAACUACCCUAUCGGCAACGGGCUGAAUCUCGCCACGUCGAGCAUGAUCCUCAUCCUCUCCCUCGUCCUCUGGGCAUACUUGAUCGCGGACAACCGCCGCCGCGCCAAGAUCGACGUCGACACAAAGCUUGCCGGCAUGACCGAGAAGCAGAUUUCGGACUUGGACUGGAAGCACCCUGGGCACCGCUGGCGCUACUAGUCGGGAGCAGGAUUGGAUUGGCGAACAUUCGGAGGUUCACUUGUACAUUUGGGCACCAGGUAGGGUGGCAGUGGCAUUACAGACAGUUGUAGACGUAUAUGAAGCACAUC